GGCGGGGAGGUGGGGCGGCGGGGAGGCGGCGGCCCGCUCGGCCCAGGCCAUCCCGCAGCUGCGGCGGUCGGUGCGCUGCAGGCAGCGCCGGGAGCCGGCUCCUAACAGCAUCCCGCAGCUGCCGCCUCUGUCGCUCGGUCCCGGGGUCAGACAUGGCCCUGGUGCGAGACACUGAGCCGGCGGCCGGGUCCUCCCGCUGGUUGCCCACGCACGUCCAGGUGACCGUGCUGCGGGCCAGCGGGUUGCGGGGCAAGAGCUCAGGCGCCGGCAGCACCAGCGACGCGUACACGGUGAUCCAGGUGGGCCGCGAGAAGUACAGCACCUCGGUGGUGGAGAAGACGCAAGGCUGCCCGGAAUGGUGCGAGGAGUGCUCGUUCGAGCUGCCGCCUGGAGCCCUGGACGGCCUGCUGCGGGCACAGGAGGCAGACGGGGCUCCUGCGCCCUGGGCCUCGGGCCCCAAUGCCGCCUGCGAGCUGGUGCUCACCACCAUGCACCGCUCGCUCAUCGGUGUGGACAAGUUUCUGGGCCGGGCCACCGUGGCUCUGGACGAGGUCUUCCGCGCGGGCCGCGCCCAGCACACGCAGUGGUACAAGCUGCACUCCAAGCCUGGCAAGAAGGAGAAGGAGCGUGGUGAGAUCCAGGUGACCAUUCAGUUCACACGGAACAACCUGAGUGCCAGUAUGUUCGACCUGUCCAUGAAGGACAAGCCCCAGUCUCCAUUCAGGAAGCUCAAGGAGAAGGUGAAGGGCAAGAAGAAGUAUGAGCUGGAAUCUGCCUCAGCUAUUCUCCCAAGCAGCGCCCUGGAGGACCCCGAGCUGGGCAGCCUGGGCAAGAUGGGCAAAGCCAAAGGUUUCUUCCUCCGCAACAAGCUGCGCAAGUCCUCACUCACACAGUCCAACACCUCGCUGGGCUCUGACAGCACCCUGUCCUCUACUAGCGGCAGCCUGGUCUACCAGGGCCCUGGAGCCGAGCUGCUCACCCGCUCACCGAGCCACAGCAGCUGGCUGUCCACUGAAGUGGGCAGGGACUCUACACAGUCCCCCAAGCUGCUCACCCACAAGAGGACGUACAGCGAUGAGGCCAGCCAGCUGCGUGCAGCUCCUCCCCGGGCCCUUCUUGAGCUACAAGGCCACCUUGAUGGUGCCUCCCGCUCUUCUCUCUGUGUGAAUGGGAGCCACGUGUACAACGAGGAGCCUCAGCCCCCCAUGCGGCACCGCAGCUCCAUCUCAGGCCCCUUUCCACCCUCAAGCUCCCUACACAGUGUCCCGCCUCGGCCUUCUGAGGAGGGGCCUCGGUCCUCAGAUGACUCUUGGGGCAGAGGCAGCCGAGGCGCCAGCAGCUCGGAGGCAGUGCUUGGACAGGAGGCACUGAGCGCUCAGGCCAAAGUGCUGGCCCUGGGGCCCAGUUGCUCUGGAGAGGAAGAGGGCACCCGGCCUCCAGAGGGUAAGCCAGUCCAGGUUGCCACACCCAUGGUGGCAUCCUCUGAGGCUGUGGCAGAGAAGGAGCGGAAGCCCCGCAUGGGGCUUUUCCACCACCACCACCACCAUCACCAGGGCCUGAGCCGAAAUGAGGUGGGGCGCCGCGGCUCAGUUGGAGAGAAAGGGAGUCCUUCUCUGGGAGCCUCCCCCCACCACUCAUCCACUGGGGAAGAAAAGGCCAAGAGUAGCUGGUUUGGCCUGAGAGAAUCCAAGGAACCAACUCAGAAGCCCAGCCUGGACGUGUCUCCUCAGGUAGAAUCUGACCCAGCCGCUCCUCCUCACCCCUGCUCCCCCCUCCUCACUCCUGCUCCCGCCGCCGCUGCUCCCAUGCUAAGCACUAACCUUUUUGCAGCCACCUCCCCUGCUGCUGCCACUGCCACUGCUGCCACCAUUGUCCCUGAAGCCACCCCAUCCGGAUUCUUGGGGGUCAGCAACCCAUUCCUCACCUCCUUGCAGAGCAACCCCUUCUUCGAGGAGCUCAAAGCCGACAUAGCACUAAAUUCUCCUUCACCUGCUCCCUCUCUCCCCAGUGCCUCGAGGGCCAGCCUGGCCCCCCUGGCCUUCCCUGGGAAAGCCCUACCUGAGUGGGACGACACCUUCGACACCUUUGCUGCUGGCAGGCUGCAGCCAGAGGCGAGGAGUGAGAUUCUGGCCCCUGCAGAAGCGGGGCUGGAGGAGGAUGGGCUGCAAGAUCCAGGCCCUGGGACCAUGGCAGUGAAAGCCCCAGAGCCCCAGAGAGAACCUGGGGGAGGAAGAGGUGGGAGCAGCAUGUGGCUGGGGCCCAGUGUGCCUGUGGACUCAGGACUGAACCAGCCAAGCACAAGCGUGUCUGACCCAGGACCCCUUGGGUCUUCAGGGACUGACCCAUCCUCCAGAGCAGCCCAUUUGCAGCUGCGAGCCUCAGCCUCAACACCAGACCCAGAGCUUCCUGCCUCAGAAGUGGGCGUGGGGCAGAGCCCCGCAGACAGCGGGGCAUCUCUGGUCAGCUCCCCAGAAGUCCUCAGUGUGUGGGAGAGACUUCCUGGUUCAGAUGACAUUCCUGGGGGCCAGGACGAGGAGACUCCCCAAGAUGGAAGCCAGCUUUUCCAGGAGCUGAACGCAGCGGAGGAUUCCUGGCCCUGGGAUGUGAUCACCAUUUCUCCUACAGCAGAGGUUGCUUCAUCCACCAUGCAGCGAGAGGCCGAGGAGGCGCCUCCUCCUCAGGCGCAGCCUGAGUCCCCAGCUGCUGUGCACCCCAUGGAGAGCGAGGGGCACCCUGCCCUGCAGCAGGAGCCAGAGCCUGAGCAGGGGUUGGAUGAGGAGCCCUGGCCUGGCCCACCGCCUCCCAAGCCGCCACGCCUCUUCACACCCUCACAAUCCCAGGUGGAGGAGGAGGAAGAGGAGGAGGAAGACCAAGCGGAGGAAGACAGUGCUACAGGGGGCCUGAGUAGUGGGGGGCCAGGGGUAGAAGGAGACACCGCCCCAAGUAAAUUGGUUGUCGGUCCCCGAGAGUCCAAGGAGGAGGGGGUAAAUCCAGAGUUGGAGGAAUUGCACGACCUGCCCUCCGGGACCCUGAUAGGUGAGCCGGAACUCGAAGAGCUGGUAGGCGAUACUGGUGCUCCUGGGUCUGGGGCCUGCCCACCUAGUCCCACCAGCUGCCUUGAGGGGUCCACCCCCAGAUCCCAUAGCUCAACUAGCUCAACUCUGAUGAGCCAGAAGGUCUGGGGGUCUUCAGAUACAGGUCAGAGCCUUGAAACCCAGAGCCAGGAGCUAGCCAAAGAAGGGUUUGAGCCUCUCUCAGCCGCCCCUCAGCAGGCUGAUCUGUGGGCCUCAGAGGAGGAGGAGGAUGCCUUGAAUCCCUUCUUAUGUCAGGAGAGCCAAGAUCCCCCCAGCCUCCCGUCCAUAUCCUCUGUCCACUCUGGCCCAGAAGAGUUGCCCACACCCCCGGAACCUGCCUUCCCACCUCCCCCUCUCCCACCCUGGGCCAGCCACCGCCAUGGGGUGCCAGGCCCUCCAUGCCCUCCCCUGCCUGUAGCCUGGCCCUUGACCUCUUCUUCCUCACCUCCCGAGGAGGAGUCAGCUUCCCUCACUGGUCCCCUUGAGCUCUCCCCCGCGGUGGGCUCCCCUACACCAUACGGGGAAGACCUCGAUGCAGCCACCCCAGCCUCCCCGCUUGAGCUUCUGCCCUUGGAGACACGACCAGCUGAGGAGCCCCAGCCCAGUGGCAGUCCCCACCCUGUGAAGCCCCUCAGCGCUGCCCCUGUGGAGGCCAGCCCCGACAGGAAACAGCCCCGCACCAGCCUGAGCACAGCCCUUAGCAGCGGACUGGAGAAGCUCAAAACCGUCACAUCCGGCAGCAUCCAGUCUGUGGUUCCAGCAUCUCAGCUUGGCCCGACUGUGGACACUAAGAGGCUGAAGGAAUCUGCUAUGCUGGACCAGUCGGCCAAGUACUAUCACCUGACUCAUGACGAGCUCAUUGGCCUACUCCUGCAGCGUGAGCGUGAGCUGAGCCAGAGAGAUGAGCAUGUGCAGGAGCUGGAGAGCUACAUUGACCGGCUGCUGGUGAGGAUCAUGGAGACCUCGCCCACACUGCUGCAGAUCUCCCCCGCUCCCCCCAAGUAGCCCUUCAGUCCGUCCCUGGAGGGCCGGUG